CCUCUUUGAUCUUCGAGGAGAGUGGACGAUGCGACUCCCGAAAACAGCACACGGCGCGCACAAUGAUGACGUUUCACUGUUCUCUUGACGACAACAAACAUGGAGGAAUAUGCCCGUGAACCUUGUCCCUGGAGGAUAGUGGAUGACUGUGGAGGUGCUUUCACUAUGGGUGCAAUUGGAGGAGGGGUGUUCCAGGCAAUCAAGGGGUUUCGUAAUGCCCCUGCAGGUGUCGGACACAGACUGAGAGGCAGUGCAAACGCAGUGAGAAUAAGAGCUCCACAGAUUGGAGGUAGCUUUGCUGUGUGGGGAGGGCUCUUCUCCACAAUCGACUGUGGUUUAGUUCGCCUGAGAGGGAAAGAGGAUCCUUGGAACUCCAUAACAAGUGGUGCGCUGACUGGGGCCAUACUAGCAGCACGCAGUGGGCCAUUAACUAUGAUGGGCUCUGCCAUGAUGGGAGGAAUUUUACUUGCUCUCAUUGAGGGUUUUGGGAUCCUCCUAACCAGAUAUACAGCACAGCAGUUUCAGAACCCCAUUCCCUUUGUAGAUGACCCCAGUCAGUUACCUCCAAAGGAUGGGGGUCAGCAGCAAGAGGGGGCAAAGGGGCAGUUUCAGUAGAGAGCAACAAGGCUGACUGAGGCCAGCUGUGGACACAGUGAGUCUGACCAGAGAGGAGGGGACACACCAGACAUUACAGCAGGUAGCAGGAUGACCAGGAUGUGGAUAUACUGGUCCCUACAGUGGUGUCAAGUAGUUGCACUAUGUGCUUAUACCUCAGGGGCAAAUUACUGAGUUUUAGUUAUUUAUGAGUGAAUGUUUGUAUGUGAACAGUGAUCCUUCUGACAAACCUCAUGUUUGCACCACCAGCAUCUCAUGCAACGUGUUCUUUAUUAAUGGUUAUUCUGUCUUCACUGUGACCUUUUUGGGUUUUGAAAUGUAUGUAUAAAAUUAAAGGAGCAGUUUAACAUUUUGGGAAAUAUGCUUAUUCACUAUUACUUGCUGAGAGUUAGAUGAGAAAAUCAAGUGAAGUGUUUUAAUGGCUGCAAAGCAGUAAUAAGAAAUAUUAGAUGUCUGUGUCCAUUACAACAUCGUAUUUGUUCAGUGAGGUUUUACCAUGGAGAGUGGUAGUCUGAGAAUAUGUUUCGAAGUCUGUGUUUAUGUGUCAGCUGUGACAAUCAGUGCAAAAAGCUGUGAAUGUUUUUAAAUGAUGUGUGUGCUUAAGAUGGAUCUAGGCUCAACGAAACCUCAUUCCAUUCUUUGUUUGCAGUUUCUCUUAAUAAGGUUUUGCCUCAACCGGCAGCUUUUGUAAUUUUGAAUCUUUUGUUGAAUAGUUAUUGUCUUACAGGAACUAAUAUAUAUAUAUAUAUAUAUAUAUAUAUAUAUAUAUAUAUAUAUAUAUAUAUAUAUUAGUUCCUAGAAAUUAUGGCUUGAAUUACUUGUGCUUCGACAGUUCAGUUAGCCAGUUAUCUUGCACUCCUCCUCACUUUGAUCGCUGCAUUAUCCAUCAAGCAACCAAGCACUUUUUAAGCUCCAUCUCUCUGUUUUCUUAAAAUGGUAGCAUCUGCCACAGAGAUGAUGCAGCAUGAUCCUAUGUUUUGCUGUCAAACUAUGUAUAGGAAGAAUGUUUGAUUUAUGUAUUGUCUUAAUAUAUAUCUUGCAAAAAUUUAUAAAAACAAUAAAGUCAUCAAAUGUU